AUGUCUCAACCUUCUAAUAUUACAGGUGACAUGGAUCCUUUCGAUGCACGUUUGUACUUUAUAUCUGUGUUGAAAAAAGUGAAUGCUAGUCAACAAUCUAUUCAGUCGUGCACAACCUUUGCUUUAAGGCAUAAUAAGUAUUACGAAGACUUAUAUCGUUGUAUAAUGGAAGUGAUGCAAAAAGCGACGAUAGCUUCUAGAAUGAACCUCUUUUAUUUCCUCGAUAGUCUCUGUGCGAAAUCAAAAAAAGCCGACUUUACUAAAUAUCUUGAAUAUAUACAACGAGAUUUAAAAAAGAUUGUCGUUGACCUCGUCUGUGAGAGAGAUGAAGGUUGCUUUAACCUAAUAAAUACAUUAAAAGUUUUAAAAUCAUGGAAAGAAAAGAAUUACAUUGAAAUUUCGGUAAUUGAAAAUGCAGAAAAAUUUUUAUUGGAAUGGAAAGGGGAGAAAAAUUAUCCACCUAGAUUAAAAUUACCGAAAACCGAUAUAAUAAAGAGAAUUGAAGAAGAUAGAGAAAGGGCAAAACAUCAUCGUGAAGAUAUUUGGUGGGUGGAUAAAAGUCAUGAAGAUGGGGAAGCGGUUAGGUUAUGGGAGGAAUGUUCUGAAUUAUCGGAUAGCGAUUACCAGGAAAUACUGACUGAAAAUUGCAAAUAUAAGCCAAAUCAUCCUUGGCUAGAUGAUUAUAACAAAGUUAAGUUAUGGAACGAAGAACAAAAAAGACUUGAGGAAGAGGAGGAAAAGGAACGACUGAGACUAAGGAAGCGAAAAUUGAUCGAAGAGGAAAAGGAGAGGCAAAGGUUAAUUGAAGAAGAAAGAGAGAGGCAAAGGUUAAUUGAAGAAGAAAGAGAGAGGCAAAGGUUAAUCGAAGAAGAAAAGGAGAGGCAAAGGUUAAUUGAAGAAGAAAAUGAAAGGCAAAGGUUAAUUGAAGAAGAAAAGGCGAGACAGAGAAAGAUUCGGGAGGAGAAGUCAAUUGAAGAAAAACCUAAAUAUUACGGAGAUAAUUUUCCGUGUAUCACAAAUUUUGAUCAAACAAGUCAAGAAUUUGACGAUAGAAAUAUCAAUUAUGAUCCUAGUUUUAUAUAUUCAUUUCCUAUAUCAAAUAAUACGAAUCAAAUAAUUUAUGAACAACCAUCAUUCUAUAAUCAAUCAACAGAUAUUACAACAACCAAUAAUGAUACAGAACCUUCAAGAGAAAAUGAAACAUCAUCAUUGUUAGAAGAAUAUCAUGUAGAACAGAUAGCGGGUUCAAAUCUUGGGCUUUUAAUGCAAGCCGUGGGACUUUUAGAAGCUGGGGUGUCGUCAUUACCUGAUGACUAG